AUUAUAAAUGAGUUAAAGCACACGAACUAGGUAUUUAUAUAUUUAAUGUAAAUAUAGAGCUAAUAGUCAAUAAAGUUAGAUAUCUAAAAAAAGCAUUCGAAAAUAUAGUUCUGAUUACUAUGACUCUGAUGCAUCUGACUCAGAACCUAUGAUUAAGAAGAGAGUGGUAAAAAUAUGGACACCAGAAGAAGAUGAGAUGCUUUAAAACUUUUAUGAAAAAUUCAAUGGAAAUUGGACACUUGUAGCAUAAGCAAUACCAGGAAGAAAUUAAUCACAAUGUUCAUAAAGAUGGAAAAGAAUAAAUCCGAAUAGAGUAUCUAAAGAAAUAUUAAAAGAUUAAAAUGAGAAAAUAAUGGACAGAGGAAGAAGAUAGAUAAGUUUUACGUUUGAUUUAAAAGUUCGGAAAAAAUUGGAAGAGAAUAGAAAAUGAAAUGAAUGGGAGGACUGGGAAAUAAAUAAGAGAAAGAUUUAUAAAUAAAUUAGACAAAACAAUCAAUCAUGAUCCAUUUGAUGAGAAGGAAGAUGAAGAAAUUUAUUAAUUGUAUAUAAGUUUGGGUCCAAGAUGGAGUGAAAUAUCGAAGAAUCUAAAAGGAAGACCAGUAUUGAUUUUUACAAAUAUUAAAGGAAAAUUCGGUGAAGAAUCGGUUUUACUCUCAUAUAAAGAAGCACUAUAAUAUUUAGACUAAAGAAUCUGAUUCUGAUGGUAAGGAGAUUACUCCUCAAUAGAAAAAUGUUAAAUCUUAAUUAGAAGGAAAAGAUUUUUAAAGAGAAUAAAAUGAAGAUAGAAAAUUAGAUACAAUAUAGAGCUAAUUCGAUUAAGAAAGUUCAAUAAACAAUAUCUAAUAACCUAACCAUUAUAUUUAAACCCGAUAUGUUGGUUUUGGUAAAGGAGGUAUAUGAUUAAUGAUAAAUUAUAUAGAUUCUCUAAAUUCUAAUGGAGAUUUCUAAUAAUUUGCACAUUAGAUGAGUUUAGAAUAAAAACAUCUAUAUGGAAUUGAGAUUUCAUAAUCAGGAUCUAAUAUAUUUUAGGAUGUUUAGCUUCCUUUUUAGGAUUUAUUAGAGGAGCAAGGAGAAUAAGUAAUACUGAGAAAAGCAUCAUCAACAACUCCCUAUUUGAAAACAGAUAACUACAUGAUUAAUCAGGAUUUAUAAUUACAAAAUUAGUUUAGUAAAAUGAGUAUGGAAUAAGAAUGA